CAAUCAUAAAAAGGAGAAACAUGUCUACUUCGGAUUUGUGCCAUUGAAUAAGGCCGUAGGUUGUUUCAUUAAUUGAAGAAACAAGGCAAAGCCUCUUUCUGUCCUGUUUCAUCUGUCUUUUUCAGGGGUUUUGCUUUCCUUUCCUUUGGGAUAUUUAUAUAAAAAAAUUGCUGAAGAAUCCAAUUAAGCGAUCUCAGAAGAGCUUUCUGGUACCCCGAUUGGAAAAAGAAUCGAACUUUAACAUAGAGAUGGAGAACGGUAGUGGGUCGCCGCAGGGUCCGGUUGCAUGCGGGUCGUGGAUUCGGAGGCCCGAGAAGCUCAACCUGGUGGUGUUGGGAAGGUGCAGGCGUGGGAGUUCUUGUCCUUCUCUGCUCCAGCUUUUCUCCUUUGACCCCAAGACCACUUCUUUGUCUACCUCCCCUCUGGCCACUUUUGUGUUAGAAGCAGAGGAUGGAGAUCCUGUUGCUAUUGCAGUGCACCCUAGUGGGGAUGAUCUUGUAUGCUCUUUAAGCAAUGGUAGCUGCAAAUUGUUUGAGCUGCAUGGUAGUGAAGCAAACAUGAAACUGUUGGCCAAGGAAUUGGCUCCUCUACAGGGUAUUGCUCCUCAGAAAUGCAUAAGUUUUAGUGUUGAUGGAUCUAAAUUUGCUGCUGGUGGGUUGGAUGGACAUCUCAGAAUUAUGGAGUGGCCUAGCAUGCACAUGAUUUUGGAUGAAGCAAGAGCACACAAAUCUGUCCAGGAUAUGGAUUUUAGUCUAGACUCAGAAUUUCUAGCUUCAACUUCUAUUGAUGGUUCAGCAAGAAUCUGGAAGGUUGCAGAUGGUGCUCCUGUGACUACUUUAUCUCGUAACUCGGAUGAAAAGAUUGAAUUAUGUCGAUUUUCCAAGGACGGAACCAAACCAUUUUUGUUUUGCUCUGUUCAAAAAGGUGAUAAGUCUCUCACUGCAGUUUAUGACAUGAGCAAUUGGAACAAAAUCGGCCAUAAGAAGAUGCUUAAAAAGUCUGCUUCAGUAAUGUCCAUUAGCCAUGAUGGGAAAUACCUUUCUCUGGCCAGUAAAGAUGGAGACAUCUGUGUAGUUGAAGUAAAGAAAAUGCAGAUACACCAUUAUAGCAAGAGACUACACCUGGGUACACCUAUUGCAUCGCUUGAGUUCUGUCCCACUGAAAGGGUUGUACUUACAACCUCAGUAGAAUGGGGAGCUCUGGUCACUAAACUGACUGUCCCUAAAGAUUGGAAAGAGUGGCAGAUCUACUUGGUGCUUUUAGGACUAUUUUUAGCAUCAGCUGUUGUAUUUUACAUAUUCUUUGAGAACUCUGAUUCGUUCUGGAACUUUCCCUCUGCAAGACCAAAGUUUAUUAAACCAAUGAUCAAAGAUCCUCAGUCUUAUGAUGAUCAAAAUAGUUGGGGACCAGUUGAUAUGUGACAACGUUGACAUUCUUGAUUUGGUCUUCAAUGCUGUUGGAAGCAGUAUCAACAUUCAUCUCAGGACUUGUAGAUUUAGGAUGUUGACUGGUAUUAAGAGCAAUUACUCUCUUUUUUUUUUUUUUUAUUGGGUGAAAAUUUUGAACCUUAAAGAUCAUUAUUUAAAUGUAAUUUCAGUAGAAAACUUUAGGAAUAAUCAAAUUGCUUCCUGAAAUUUACAAGUUACACUUUAGGCUUCGUUGUGCGAUGUGAUGGGAUUUUGGCACAUCUUUGGAUAUCUUUCCAUAUUCC